AUCAAUUAUUGAAUCAAUCAUCAACAUUAUUUUGUAUAAUAAUUUUCAUCAUCAUUACAUUCAUAUUGAACGAAUCAAUUGUGUUCACAUUACAUUGGCAAGAGAAUAUUGAACCAAAAACAAGGAUACAUCAUCUAAAGGAUUUUGAUCUAUUUGUUGGAAAUGAUACAGCUAAAGAUUAUUUCAAAUUUUUGGACCGUGAUGGUGAUUAUCUUCUCAUCGGUGCCAGAAAUUUUGUCUACAAUAUAAGCCUACCAACGCUCAAAGAGAAUCGGAAAUUAGAAUGGUCAAGUAAUGAAGAUGAUAUUGGUAUGUGUAAAUAUAAAGGAAAAUCCGAAGAUGCAUGCCAAAAUUAUAUAAAAGUAUUGGCCAAAUUAUCCGAUGAUCGUAUAUUGGUGUGUGGAACGAAUGCUUUUAAACCAAAGUGCCGUAGCUAUCAAUAUGGUCCGAUGCACAAUUUUUUGAAACUAAGUGAAAAACCUGGCGAAGCCAUCUGUCCAUAUGAUCCAUCAUAUUCAAGCACUUAUACAUUUUAUGGAUCUUUCCAUGAACGUUCAGAGAAUAAUUUAUAUGUUGCAACUGUAGGCGGUUUUACCGGUGCCGAUCCAUUGAUCUAUCGUGAACCAUUACGUACUGAUCAAUUUAAUCCAAAACAUUUGAACGCACCAAAUUUUGUUAGCUCAUUUCCUUACAAUGGCCAUGUUUACUUUCUAUUCCGUGAGACUGCAGUGGAAUAUAUCAACUGUGGUAAAGCAAUCUAUUCAAGAGUGGCCCGUGUCUGUGCCCGAGAUAAUGGUGGUCCACAUAAAUUUCGAGCUCGAUGGACAACAUUUCUAAAAGCUCGCCUUAAUUGUUCAAUUCCUGGUGAUUUUCCAUUCUAUUUUAACGAGAUCCAGGCUAGCUCGGAAAUUGUCAAAGGUUUAUAUGGUGGACAAAAUGAACAAUUGAUAUAUAGCGUUUUUACAACACCAGCCAAUUCAAUAGGCGGUUCGGCUAUCUGUGCAUUCCGCAUGGCCGAUAUUGAAACCGUUUUUCGUGGUCCAUUCAAAGUACAAAAAGAUAUCGAUUCGAAUUGGUUACCCGAAUCGCCACAGCUUUCACCACGUCCGGGUGAAUGUUCAAAUAAUUCACAAAGUUUGCCCGAAAAUACAUUAAAAUUUAUUAAAGAACAUUCACUUAUGGAUCAUACUGUGCAAUCAUUUUGGAAUGCACCGAUUCUUGUCCGUACAUCAUUUCAAUCACGAUUUACAUCAAUUGCUGUCGAUCCUCAGAUUGAAACAGCUUCAGGCAAAACUUAUGAUGUUUUGUUCAUUGGAACCAGUAAUGGAACCGUCCUCAAAGCUAUCAAUGCAGCUAGUCCUUUGGCCGGACAUUCAAAUGAUCAUGGUAGUUCGGUCGUACCAGUUGUGAUUGAAGAGAUAACUGUUUUUCCACGUGGAACUCCUGUCACACAAUUAUUAGUACAUCCAUCUUAUUAUAAUGCCAAAUUGGUUGCAUUUUCGUCUCAUGAAAUUAAAACCAUACGAUUAUAUCGAUGUCAAGCAAAAACCUGUGGUGAAUGUGUACGGCUUCAGGAUCCUUAUUGUUCAUUCGAUUUACAACAACAAAAAUGUACUAGUUCACGUUCACGUUAUUGGAAUCGUGAAAAUUUCGUACAAAAUAUCGAAAUGGGCUGGGAUCCUAGAUGUCCCGAUGGACGGCCUGGUAUGCCAUCUGGAACAUCCGAUGAGAAUAAUAUGGAUGACAAUCGUAUGGACACAAGUGAUGAACAGGAAUCUGAUAUGACAACAGGUCCAAGUGCGGUUCCUAUUUAUUCAAGUGAAACAUUUGCAUUGGCUGUAGUUACAUCAGUGGUUACAUCAUUGGUUUUUGGUUUCAUUAUUGGCUACAUAUUCAGUCGAAGAUGUAGGAAAGAUGAUCCGGGAAUAUGUUCACCAUAUGACGAUCCACAUAGUUAUCUUGAUCCACAUAAUUUUGCUGGUGCAUUGACAGCUGGCCAUCAUGGUACAACUGGUUUGACAAGACUCACAGCCGGCCAUGGCCAUGGUCCUGCUGGUAUGGCACCAUUAUAUGGAACACAUGGCACUUUAGGCCAUCAUUAUUCCACUGCUGGCCAUCCUAUUGGACAUCCGGCUGAUAUGGGAACAUUAGUUAAUUCAAAACCAAUCAAUCUUGUAUUGAACGUACCUAAAGGUGGUUCAAAAAACGCAAAUUCGUCGGCGGACAACAAACCUAUGCAGAAGGUGAAGAAGAUUUAUUUGUAAAUCUCAAUACUA